UCAAAAUGAAUGAACAUCCUAAAAAGAGGAAAAGGAAGACUCUACAUCCUUCUCGAUAUUCAGAUUCUUCAGGUGCAAGCAAAUAUAUAGACAACAGUGGAAUUUUUUCUGACCACUGCUACAGCGUCUGUUCUAUGAAACAGCCGGAUAUAAAGUUUUCUGAAAACAGAGGUAGAUUCCACAGUCCUGCGCAGAGCCUGGACACAGAUGAUGAUGGGAGUCCGGUGCAUGCUGGGACUUCUCAGUGGAGUGGGUCACAUUCAAACGUUGUGGGGUUGCAUUACACAGACCCUAAAAAGAAGGAUAAAGAUAAAGGUACUAAUAAUGGAAUGUGCAGAGACUUAUGUGAUUCACCUAUAUUCAGUGACAGCCCUACAGAAGAAGAGAAACCUCUAGAUAUUCAAACUGUAGAAAUUUCUACAACAGAAGUGAAUGCUGUAGAAGUUCACGAUAUAGAAACGCAAACUGUAUCACCUGAGAAGCUAGAAGCUGAGGACCUAGAGGAAAUCCCUCUGGAAACCUGUAAAAUCUUUGAGAAGAACCAGGCUUUGAAUAUUACAGCUCAACAGAAAUGGCCUUUGCUGAGAGCCAACAGCAGUGGCUUAUACAAGUGUGAGCUCUGUGACUUUAACAGCAAGUACUUUUCCGAUUUAAAGCAGCACAUGAUCCUGAAGCACAAGACGUGUACAGACACUCAUGUCUGUAAAGUCUGUAAAGAAAGCUUCUCCAGCAAAGUGCAGCUGAUUGAACACGUAAAACUACAUGAGGAGGACCCGUACAUCUGUAAAUACUGCGAUUAUAAAACAGUGAUAUUUGAGAAUCUGAGUCAGCACAUAGCAGACACUCACUUCAAUGACCACCUGUACUGGUGUGAGCAGUGCGAUAUGCAGUUCUCCUCAAGCAGCGAGUUGUACCUGCACUUCCAGGAACACAGCUGUGAUGAGCAGUAUUUGUGUCAGUUCUGCGAGCAUGAAACGAAUGAUCCGGAAGAUCUGCAUAGCCAUGUGGUGAACGAACAUGCAUGUCGGCUGAUAGAGUUAAGCGACAGCUAUAACAGCAAGGAGCGUGGACAGUACAGUCUCAUAAACAAAAUCAGCUUUGACAAAUGCAAAAACUUCUUUGUGUGCCAGGUGUGUGGCUUCAGGAGCAGGCUGCAUACGAAUGUCAACAGGCACGUAGCUAUUGAACACACCAAAAUAUUCCCUCAUGUUUGUGAUGACUGUGGGAAGGGCUUUUCAGGUAUGUUGGAAUAUUGCAAGCAUUUAAGCUCUCAUUUAUCUGAAGGGAUUUAUUUGUGUCAAUACUGUGAAUAUUCAACAGGACAGAUUGAAGACCUUAAAACGCAUUUGGAUUUCAGACAUUCAGCAGAUUUGCCUCAUAAAUGUACCGAUUGUUUAAUGAGGUUUGGAAAUGAAAAAGAUCUUCUAAGUCAUCUUCAGAUACAUGAGACAGCAUGAUUACUUUCUUUCCCUGUAAUCGAUUUGUUAGAAUUGGAAUUAAUUUCCAGUCUCUGAAAUGUGGUAUUAAAUACAAUUUUAACAGCAA